AAACUUCCUAUUUAAUUUUAGAUAAAAUCAGUACGAACACUAUGCUACCAAUAUCUACUAUGAGACAGUUUCAUAAAACUAGUGCAACUUUAAAUGAAUUAAUAAAACACUACAAAUGUGUUUGCCUUGCAAGCAGAGAGUUUAGUACCGUGGAACCCAAAAAUUUAUUUGAGGUAUAUUUGAAAAACUCGCAUUGGAUGGGAGUGUAUGAUAGACAUCCAGUUACUAAAGAAAGCCUACCUGUAAAAACUUUAAGAGAGCGUCAGUUGAAAGAAAAACAAAAACAAAGUCCCAUAGAUAUUCCAGUUUUUAUUAACCCAAAAGCACAAGCAUGGACAAAAGAAUCUAAACGUGUUGGAGCAGUUGGAAAAAAACUAGGAACUAGUGUGCUGUGGACUAAGGAGGGGUUUCGACACCAGGUUACCCUUGUACAAAUUAAAGAGUGUCAUGUUAUGGACACACAAAUAUCGCGUGAAGAUGGUGGUAUCGAUAAACUUACACAAAUGCUUGUUGGUACAGAGGAUAUAACUGAUGAAGAAUACCUAGCAACGUUUUCCCGCCAAAAAAUGAAAUGGUUUGAUGAGCGUGGCAUCUUUCCAAAAAAGUUUUGGACUGGUUUUCUUGUUUCAAAGGAUGCUUUGUUGUUGCCAGGAACGCCGAUCACUGCUCAACACUUUCAAGCUGGCCAAUACGUUAACGUUCAAGGAAUAACCGUUAAACAGGGUUUUCAAGGAGUAAUGAAGCGUUGGGGUAUGAAGGGCCAACCUGCAUCACAUGGUCAAUCAAAGACGCAUAGAAAAAUGGGUGCAACUGGAGGUGGACAGGAUCCUGGAAGAAUUUUUCCUGGAAAGAAAAUGGCAGGUCAUGUGGGUGGAAGGUACAAAACCACCCCGCCAUUAAAGAUAUUUCGCAUUAACACAAAAUUUAACGUGCUCUACAUAAGAGGGCCGUUACCUGGUGAGGUUGGUAGUUAUCUUAAAAUCAAAGACGGACGCAAUCGUGAUUUUCCGAAUGAGCCACCGCCAUUUCCAACAUAUUUUGAUGACACCGCUGACAGUAUCGAGGAAGAAGACUUGUACGACGAUCGUGUGUGUCCCGUCGAUUGCCCGUCACUUACCUUUCCCCCGUAUAAACUAUAAUGUAUAUUAUUAUAUAUAAAAUAUCAUUUCUGUAAA